CAAGAGAGAAAUGUGCCUUGUCAAUAUCCCACACCUGUUUGUUUUCACAGCUAUAAAUAGCCCCUUAAACCCAUUUCGCUAUGCCUCCUCGUGCUCUCCGUCUCUACCUGCUUAACUUUCAUUCUUAUUUUCUCUAGAGAAUCUUGCAAUGGCUGCUGCUACAGGAGCUUCAAUCUCCCUUAGAUCUGGUCCUCCACAGUUGCACCAGAACUUGGCAACAUCCAGUAUUUACGGCUCGAGAUUGGUUUCUCUUAAUGCUUCCGGACGAAGCUCCCUCUCAUUCAGAUCAACACCACAAUCAGUUCGCCUUCAAGUUUCAUGCGCUGCCAAGAAAGAAACAGUGGAGAAGGUGUGUGGUAUUGUGAAGAAACAAUUGGCACUGGGAGAUGACCAGGAGCUUUCUGCCGAGUCAAAAUUUUCAGACCUUGGAGCUGAUUCUCUUGAUACGGUUGAGAUCGUUAUGGGACUUGAGGAAGCUUUUGACAUUAGUGUUGAAGAGGAUAGUGCUCAGAGCAUCACUACCGUUCAAGAGGCUGCAGAUCUUAUUGAGGAUCUGAUUGAGAAGAAGGCUUAAAAGGAAUGAUAAAUUAGAGGCAGAGUGAGAGAGGAGAGUAAUCAUGUCAAAAUCUUAGCUUUUUAAAUUUAGUAUUGAGCAGUUUGGUUAUGAAAUUUGGGGUAUCUUUCUUUCUUUCUUUCUUUUUUUUAUGUUAAUUUUGGACAUGAACAGUUAGUUGUUGAGUCUAUUUAACCACAUUGAGUACUGUUUUAUCUU